AUGACGAGUCCACGGCCCCUGCGGCAACUAGCUAGAUUGCCAGGCCAUUCAGACGUAGCAUGGCAUGUGGCAUGGAAUCCAAAGCAGCCCAUCCUAGCAUCUUGCUCCACAGACAGAGACGUGCGCCUCUUUACCUAUAUGGAUCUGCCAUCAGGCGUCAGUGGACAGUCGGAAACCGUGUUUUCAUUAAAGGAGGUUAUACCUACUGGGCACAAGCGCACAGUGCGUCAUGUGUCUUGGUCUCCGUCAGGCGAGAUUCUGGCUACAGGUUCGUUUGAUAGUACAGUGGGAAUCUGGGAGCGCAUCCCGGACGACAUGAAAGAUUCAUCCGACCCUUCUGAGCCUGAAUGGGAUUGUACGGGGACGCUAGAAGGGCACGACAGCGAGUGCAAGAGUGUUGAAUUCAGCUACAAUGGGAAUUUACUGGCGAGUUGCAGUCGAGACAAGAGUGUGUGGAUUUGGGAAGUGCAACCUGAAUCGGAUUUCGAAUGCUUAGGCGUGAUGAUGGAGCAUACACAAGAUGUCAAAGCGGUGGCCUGGCAUCCAAAAGAAGAACUAUUAGCGUCGGCCUCGUACGAUAAUACAAUCAAAUUUUACCUCGAUGAUCCAUCCGAAGAUUGGUUCUGUUACUCUACACUGAAAGGACAUACCUCUACAGUCUGGUCGCUAAGCUUUUCACCUUGUGGAAAGUACUUGGCUUCGGCUUCGGACGACUUGACGAUCCGGAUCUGGCGCAGGUAUUCUGCAGACGAGUGUGAGAACAUGGGCAUGGAGUCGGAAGGUAGGAUUCCCGGACGAGCCGGAGACAAAUGGCUCGAACUUCAACGACUGGAAGGCCAGUUCACUCGAUCGAUUUAUAGCUUGAGUUGGGCUAUGGGAGAUGAAUCAGAUCCUAUGCAAGCAUUUGGAAAAUUGGCGGCUGCAGGUGCUGAUGGGAAGAUUGUGGUGUUCUAUCUUGUAUGUGCACAGAAACAGGGACAACUAACAGGACAGGGCAAGGACAACGAUUCGGAUAAGUUUCAAGUGUCUGUGACCGCUGAGAUGGCACAAGCGCAUGGUGCCUCCGAUAUCAAUUGUGUAGCUUGGGCCCCAGCCAAGGAUGGAACCACCCCACCUACCAUGCUGGCUAGCACAGGCGAUGACGGAGAAGUGCUUAUUUGGGUGUAA